GGAAACUAACGAGAAUUUGACCUUAACCUCUCAAAGGUACCAACUAGAUUCUAUUUCCUAGCAGAGAAGAUGCUGAAGUUGAAAAUUGAAGCUUUAUUUCUACUAGUGAAUGUUUAGAGACAGAAAAAAUCCACUUCAUUGUAUUGAUUUUACAAUCAAUGUAUUCAUUGUUCCGCUCUGAAUCUAAAAUAUUUUUUCAUUAAAUUGUAAAUUAUUUUUCAAAUGUAAAUUUAUAUUUUUUAAUCAUGUUCUUAAGGCAGUUCUUAUUAUGAUUAAUUUAUGAACCACUUAUGCAUAUUAACUGUAGGGUGAAAAAGUAAAAGGUAACACAAUUCACCAUCAUCACGACGCAAUUCAUUCAAAAGGUACUUUUACGAAUUACAGCUUACCUGGGCUGACUUGGUACGCAAUUCGUGUGCCCGAUAUUGUAACUUUUAAGUUACUAAUGUGACAGUAUUCAAGCAACCAAGCUUGAACACGGAGCACCCCGAGAAUACUACGCAAAUGAUUCAUAUGUCCAUAUUUAAUCGUACCUAUAUAUUAAACGUGUACCUACAUAAAAAUGAAUAUCUUUAACUGAUAAAUAGGUACAUAUAGAGCUUAUGAAGAACCGGAUUUACUUUAUAGUUCUAUACAUAAUGCUACAAUUGACAGUUUUCCUUAUUUGAAACGCAUUAAACAAAACAUUUCUUGAUAAAUGUCAAAUGAUAAGUUAAGCUGUUACGCUAAGUAUUAAGUAUACGUAUAAAGCUAGUUUUUCGCUUAUAACGGGUUUUAAAAAAUACCUUUAAUAUACUUUCUCUUUCUCUAGAUACAAGUUGGAAAUGCAUUUAAUAUUUUUCAAAAGGUCGUGUCAAACAAUUUUUGAGGCUGAAUCAAUAAAAAAUGGUUCUGUAACGUUGGCAUAUUUAUUUAACGUCACAGAAAAUCAACAUUUCGGUAUUGAUCAUAUCACUACUUAUUUGAGUAAUGUACGAACAUCUGGAAAAACAGCUAGAAUACCUGUUUUUCCGUUAAGCCAUUUGGUUCAUAACCAAGCAGGAGAGUAUUUUACGUACUUUGGUAAAAUCGAUAAACGUGGAUGCAAGAGUGGCGUUACUCAGUGGAUAGUGUUUACUAAAACGUGCGAUGUCAAUAGUGAACAGAUGGAUCAGUUCCGUUGCCUGCUGAACAACAGCGGGCACGCGAUCAAUCGGAAUUACCGGAAGGCCAACCCGGUGCCAGCCGGCAACAAUACUCGUCCCUAUCUGGUGGUGUUAGACGUCCAUGGCAGUAAUUCGACGGACGGCGACGUCGUGGCGACAGAGGUGGUAGUGGCAGCACGAGGCCGAACACGUUCCAGCGGACUACGGCAGACUUCGAGACGCCGAUCGUUGGCUGUAAUCGCAUCGGCAAAAGACGGCCGUUCGAGCUGGACCCUGUGCGUCAAGCCCACCAAAACGCAACUGUUGAGACGAAUGUUUAACCUGAACAAACUGUCAGUCCACAAGCACUGGCCACCAAUUGCCGUAAGUAACGGCAAGCAGUCCGAACACGCGCAGAGGGCUGGUGCUGAAACUGAGAACCAUUUGCGGCCGACGUUAUCGUUCAACGCGACCAGACCGUCGUGGAAGUAGAUUGCACAUAAUAAUUAAUAAUAUAUACA